AAAUGAAUCCUGCUUUCCUUUGACAUUCAAAUGCAUCACUUAGGUGAAUCUCAGCUGUGGAAGAUGUAAACAAAAUGCUGUUGUAGAAGCAAAACUUCAUCCAAAAUCGACCCUGCAGCAGCAGUUUCAGACUUUGAAAUAACCACAAGUAAACAAUCUUGUCACUGAUAGCCUUGCUUUUGUAGCUCAUAAAGAGGCAUACAUAUUAAAUUCAGAGUUUUUCAUAACCAGUGAAAAUAUUACCACAGGAGCUUUAAAGUAGGUCUCCUGAAGUCUACCACAAAGUAUCCAGUGUGAGAAUAACAGCUGCAAACAUUUACCUGAGAAGAGUCACAGCUAACGAUGCCUGAAGCAGACCUUAUCCCGGCCGCUCUCUCCACCAGCGGUCGCCUUGUUUGUGUUCUUAUACUUGCAAACAGGUCCUCCAUCAGGGAGCCUCCUCCACUGUUGCCAUGCUACAAAGUUGUUAUCAUGAAAUCAUGAAAUAUGGCCAUAUCUUUCGGACCCUGAAUCUCACCUGGAAAGUUUGGAAAGGGACAAAAAAUCCCCAACAACAAAGAACAGAGCUGGAAGUUCUGUUUGUGUCGGCGUCUCCGUCAUGGAUCUGUGUGUGACCAUCAAAGGGGUCUCCUUCCUCUUACAGACAGGGAUGGGCAUCUUGGGGAACACUGUGGUGCUGCUGGCGUACAUCAACAUAAUUUUCACUGAACCCAAGCUCCUUCCUGUGGACAUGAUCCUCUGCCACCUUGCCUUUGCCAACCUGAUGCUUCUUCUGACCCGCUGUGUCCCCCAGACCAUGACUGUGUUCGGGCUUCGAGACCUGCUCAAUGACCCCGGGUGUAAAGUGGUUAUCUAUGCCUACCGCAUCGGCCGGGCCUUGUCUGUCUGCAUCACAUGCAUGCUCAGCGUGUUCCAGGCGGUGACCAUCGCUCCUGCUGGGCCACAUUUGUCCAGAUUGAAGCCGGCUCUUCCCUCCUUGGUGCUUCCCACGUUUGCAGGACUGUGGCUCCUCAACAUGGCCAUAUGUAUAGCAGCCCCUUUCUUCUCCAUGGCGCCACGAAACGGCACCGUCCCAGCUUUUACCCUCAACCUCGGCUUCUGCCAUGUGGACUUCAGAGACAACCUGUCCUAUGUGAUCAAUGGGGUGGCAGUCUCUGGGAGGGAUUUUGCCUUUGUGGCAUUGAUGGUGGGCUCAAGCGGCUACAUACUGCUGCUUCUGCACCGCCACAGCCAUCAGGUGAGAGGGAUCCGUCGCUCCCAAGGCGGCGGUGCAGAGACAAGAGCGGCAAAAACAGUUGUCACAUUGGUUGUCCUCUAUGUGGUCUUCUUCGGGAUUGAUAACGUGAUCUGGAUCUACAUGCUGACAGUGGCAAAGGUGUCACCAGUGGUGGCUGAUAUGAGGGUGUUCUUCUCCUCAUGCUACGCCUCUCUCAGCCCGUACUUUAUCAUCUCCUCCAACAAGAAGGUCAAGGCCAAGAUCGUGUGCGCAGUGGAGCAAGAACAACUGUCAGCAGACACUCAGGAGUCGAGUGACAAAUGACUCUGUCUCCAACAUGACAAGCUAUCAACUGACCUGCAAGACAGCAGAGUUGCUGCUGUCAGACCGCAUCAUUUUGAAAACAGCUGCAGAGUUGACUGUCAUUUAGUGAAACAGUGGACACUUUAGAAAGUAGUAUAGAGAGUAGUGUCUUUAAGAGGUAGGGCAGGUAUUUCUCCUGCACUCGCCAAUGUCAUUAGAGCUAAAAAAAUAUAUAUCUAUAAAUGAAAUGGACAGAAUUGAUGUACCAAUGUUAAAGGUUGAUGUUUUUCCUCAUGUUAAACAAAAUACGUAACAUCCAUCCUUUCAAGUCCGUUAACUGAGUUGAUUUGCUGCUUUUCUUUGUUUUUUAAUGUUGGUCAUACAAAGCAGUUAGGACAGGACUAUAGACUACAGUGCAGUUGAAUUUGACCGUAAAAUUUCCGCAGUUAUAUGCCAGGUUCUAAUAUUUUAGAGUGAAUAUCCGCGAAAACAUAAUUCUGACUUAGUCAUCCAAAGGAA